AUGCUCAGAAGGCAGCAGAACGGAGGAGAGGGCAGCUCGCGCCUGAGCGAGCACCACGCUCCAGUGCGGAUACGGCCUCCUCGUCCACCGCCCACUCGCGGGCCCAUCCCUCCUCGCUCAGCUCAUCCACCAAUCACUUCUUGCUCCUCGGUAUCGGACUAUGAGAAGCUCAACCACAUCGAAGAAGGGACCUAUGGCGUCGUCUUCCGCGCCAGACACAGGGUGACGGGAGAGGUUGUAGCCCUCAAGAAGCUCAAGAUGGAUCGGGAAACGAACGGGUUCCCUAUUACGAGCUUAAGGGAGAUUCGGACGUUGAUGAUGGCGCAGCAUGAGAACGUAGUGAGGGUGAAAGAGGUCGUGGUAGGGGAGACUUUGACCCAGAUCUUCAUCGUCUUCGAAUUUGUUGAACACGACAUCAAGACGCUCCUCACAGCAGGAGAAGUCCACUUCACCCUCUCCGAGAUCAAGACUCUCCUUCAUCAGCUGCUAAGCGCUGUCUCCCUGCUCCACUCUCAAUGGAUCAUCCACCGGGACCUCAAGACGUCCAAUCUUCUAAUGAACAAUCGCGGGCAACUAAAGCUCGCCGAUUUCGGUCUUGCAAGACUGUAUGGAGACCCGCCUAUGGACGAUUAUGGCGGGAUGACUAGCCUGGUCGUCACGCUGUGGUAUCGAGCGCCGGAGCUGCUGCUGGGGGCCAAAGAGUAUGAUACGGCCAUUGAUAUGUGGUCGGUUGGGUGCAUCUUUGCUGAAUUCCUCAAGUCGGAACCAUUGUUCACUGGGAAGAAUGAGAGUGAUCAGCUCUACCAGAUCUUCUCCCUCCUAGGUCGGCCCACCUCUUCCUCCUACCCACCCCUCUCCUCACUCUCCACCUCAAGCAGCACCAGCAAGCUGCUCCGCUCCAGCAGCUUCAGCUCCAUCCAGCCGUACAGCACUCUGCGUGCCUCUUUCCCAUUCCUCACCUCCCAGGGGCAAGACCUCCUCUCCCGCCUCCUCACCUACGAUCCCGCUAGGAGGAUCACAGCUCAGCAGGCCCUACAGCACCCUUGGUUCACCGAGGCGCCGUUGGGGAAACAUCCGGACUCCUUUGGGAGUUUCCCUAGCUGGGCGGCAGGGGAGAGGAAGAGGAAGGGAGGAGCUGGAGGAGGAGCAGGGACAGAGGCUACGACUGAUGCGCCUGGAGGUGGGGCUGAUAGGAGGAGGAAGGGUGCGGUGGUGGAUGGACUGGUGGGAUCGGCUGGUAGUACGGGAGAAGCGAUGGGACUUGUGACAGACUGGAGCGCUCUGCUCUGA